AUGGUGACUCUUCCGGGGAAAUCUUCGACAUGUAGUCUUGAACUACCUAUCCCUCUCCUUUUACCUCCAAUCUCUGCAUAUUUUGCUGCCCAAUCACCAUCCCCGGAUGACGCACCUUGCGUGACCUCACGGCUUAUGGCACAUCUGCCGUUCGCUCCCCGCAAACGACAAAGACUCUACGAUAAUGUCGAGGACGUCCUGAAGAUGCAUCCAUGUUUUAAUUUCAAGCAUUUUAAGGAUCGUGCAGAAGCAAUGUUCAGAUGGGGGUCUGAAGCCGACAGCUCUGACGACGGUGCGCUUGAUAGUUCUUCACCAGGCCAUCCCAGUCUGGAAACGGGAGGGAUGAUGGGAGGUCAGAAAGCAGAAUUGGCACGCGCCAUCUUCUUUGGCCCACCGUCAGCUACACCUGUAUCUGCUUCCAAAGGUCCCAGUCCUGCCAAACCCACUCUAUCUUUCUUCGCAGCAGUUGCAGCAGCAUUCGCUUUGGGUACGUUGGUUGACAGAGAGGUUGCUGAUGAAGAGGCUCGGAUUCACGCAGCUGCUCAAUGUGAGGGAAUUAUAAAAGGCAAAAAUACCCAAAAAGAUUCUGCCUCGUAUCCAUCUGUUCUACUUGGGCUUUCACAGCAGGCGCUGGCAUUGUUCGAGAAGAACAAUUCAUAUGAUCUGGACUUCCUCGUAACGAUGAUUCUUCACGUGCUAUACAUGCUUCAUGAUAGUAAAGCUCGUGUGGCACACAAUCUUUUGCCUGAUGUCGGCAAAAUGGUCAACGUUGCUCGCACCAUGGGGUUGGACGCAGAUCCUGACGAGUUUCCGGGAACUUUCAACCUGUUCGAUGCCGAGGCACGGCGACGCCUUUGGUGGGACAUUUUCUAUUACGAUCUGUUUGUAUCAGACUACAUGGGUCGUUCAGCACUAAUCUCCGAUACGGAACAUACAACUCGAUUACCGAUGGAUGUCGAUGAGGAUGUGUUUACACCUGCGUGCACAUCCAUUCCGCUUCCUCGAAGUCCAUUGUCAUUGCUCGAGCCAAAUGUUUCGGACUUCAAGUACUUCGGGCUGAAGUGCAGGUAUAUA